ACGGACGUGCGUUUUAAUUUCUGCUGGAGAUUUUGCUACUCAGUGACAUUAUAGAGUGAAAAUAAUUGAAAUCUGCCGUAAUUUUACCCUCGGCGUCGCUUUUUCCGCUGUAAUGGGAGUGCGGGUUCUUGCACCGGAUUGCGGAAAUCGAACCCUAGCGUCGUGAAAUCGCGUCGUCCGUGAGGUGUAAAAUUUCUGUUGCGCUAUCUGCUGUCUGCUCUGGGGACAAAGCCGUCGUCAUCGUUUGGAGGAAAAGUUCCUGUUCCUGCUGGGGUGGAAAGAUUUUUGAUCAAUAAACUCGCUUCCUGUUUGGUGAUGUUUGUUGUGCCGCGAAUUUAGUGUAAAUACAAGGUGUUUAUCAUAUUGUCCAAUUUGUUGUGAUUGUGCUGGUUUUAUUGGAUAAAUCAAAGAAAAUUGUUCCCAAACAAAGGGAAAGCACACAGACGGCUGAUUAUUAUCUGUGUGGAGCAAAGCGAAUGAUGGUGAUGCUGUUGCAGCUAAAAAUAGGAAUCUGAUCUACGUUUCGGGUGUGAAGUUUUGUCGGAUCCUAUUGGAGUGCAUUUUUCUAUACCUUUAGAGUUCCCGAUAUCUGACAAUGGAAAAUUCGACCAAGGAGGCAGAAGGGGACGACAAUCCCGAACUGGACCCCAGAAUCCAGGUCGAACUGGAAAAUCUCAAUACAGCAACGGAUGAUAUUAACAAGCUUGAGAUUGAACUGGAGGAAGCUAAAUCUACCUUCCGGAUUCUGAUGAACGAAUCCACCCGGCGACUGAAAUUGUCUUCCAAGAAACUGGGCAGCUGCAUCGACAAGGCGCGACCCUACUACGAGGCACUCGAGAAAGCCAAGGCGGCCCAGCUGGAAUGUCAGGCAGCGGCAAUCAAGUAUCAGCGGGCUAACGAAAUUCAUGCGGCGGCAAAGGAAACGGUUGCUCUGGCCGAGCAAAGGUUUCUCAGCAACUCCCAGGAGUGGCAAUUCGACAACGCCUGGCAGGAGAUGUUGAAUCAUGCCACGAUAAAGGUGACGGACGCUGAGAAACAGAAGACGGAAAGUGGAACCGAACAUCAGAAAAAAGCGAAAAUUUUCCAGGAAGCGGAAUUGAAAGUACAACAAUUGGAAGAACGUUGCCGACGCAGCAUCCAGAAAUCGAGGCCAUAUUUUGAGGAGAAGCAACUAUGCCAGGAGCAGUUGGAGGCCCAAAAAGGUCGCAUUCAGCAACUGGAGGAUCAAAUAGCUGCUGCGAAGACGGCAUACGGAACAGCUCUUCGUAACCUGGAGCAAAUCAGUGAAGAAAUCCACAAGCAGCGAGGAGAUCUUAGUUUGGCAGCCCCGUCUGGCCCUCGGGAACCGGGAGUCGGAGCUGAACUAUCAAGUUUGCCUCCUUCGACGUCUUCUGUGACCGUUAGUUCACCCACUAAUACAUACAAUAACUUCAGCAGUAAUAUGCCCGACAUAUCGACUGAACUGGACAAAUGCGAGAUUCGUUCGGUGGGCAGCACAUCGAUUGCCACCAGUUCUGCCGUCAGUGAGAAAGAUCCUACCGAUGAUUACAUGAACGAUGCAGAUUUGAAUUUGGAACUGCUGCGACAGAAGGUGAAAACCUUGGCUGUCCGGCCGGUGGAAGGCGGAGACGGUCAGCAGCAGGAACAAGAAGUGUGGGAACAUGAACUGAACGCCACCGUGGAUAAGCUGGAUCAUCUGAUGAUGCUCCGAGAGUGUUCUGCUCGCGGUUCCAGCGUCGGAAGCCCAGUCGAGCACGUGCAGUCCAACUAUACCAGUUUGCCAACGACGCCGAAACAUCACCAGCAUAUGUCGCCGGUGUUGGCGGAGAAACAGAAGAUAAAAAUGUUCAAAAAAUUGGACCCUCUACCGUUGGCGAAUGUUUCGAUGUAUGCUCUUCCAACGUAUCUUAGCGGAAGCGGGAUAACCCCUUGCUGUCCCGUUAACACUCAAACCGUUCCUAUGGGACAAAAUGAUCUGGUUACGCCUCGUAACGAGCCCAUCGACCCCGUCGUUGGGUUCAAGAGCAAACGGAAGAUGUCCAUGUAAAAUUAGCUACCAUAAAUGAUGGUGAAUCGUAGAACAACUAUCCUAACCUUCGGUGAAGACAAGUUUUACUGUCUGAGUUGAUCAACCUAGAAAGAAAUUAAGUGAGGUUUUGAACGGCUUCAGUUGUUCUACUGUUUGGCGUCUUAGCAUGGUAUUGGUGUUAUUUAAACAUAGUUUGCAUCGCGCUUUUUGUGUAUGUUUAUUUUCUACGUUUUACUAGGAACAAUAAAAUACUAACGAUCGCAAAACCACAAAGAGUACGAAUACUACCUAGAAUUAGUAUCGAAAGGAACAAAAGUACACAAGUUGUGUGUGCAACAGUUCGUGUUAGCUGCAGUUUCAUUACAAAACUCUUAUUUGCUUUACAAAAGACGAGUUAAGUGGCUUUUUCUCUGCACGAUUUCAUCGAUUUUUUCAUACUGUUGGACGCUUCUAAGGCUCACUGAAAUAAAAAACCUUUCUAUUGAAAUAAUGGCUUCUGUUUAGUUGCACAACAGUCUAGGUCAAAUGUGUAUUUCUUUUUUGAUUGUUUCUCAUUCACCUCUUUAUCUUUUAUAAACCAUUUGAAAUUCAUGCAACCCAAAUGAGUUUUUAUAUUACUUACAUAACCAUCAAGUAGUUCAAAAUAACUAUUACCACAGUUAAAAUUUAGUGAGUUCCAAUAAAAUUGUAACGAAAUGGUUCGAUUAGCAAAACUGUAGAACACAGCUAGCAAUUUUGUGUUGAAGUAUUUCAGAUAUAUUAGCGUUCCGUUAGAUCUUUCAAGUUCGGGAAACGCAAAAGUUACCUUAUAAAGCACUUUCCAGAAUUCAAAACGUAUACUGCGUUAAGUACAAAAAAAUCGAAACAUAUACUCGUUUGAACUAAUAUGUACUUUUUAACAAGUUGAUUGACAAAUUAAUUUAUGAAACAAUGUAGAAAAAAAACCUACUCCAAAAGGCUUCGAGCUUGCUGUAGACAUUCGCCGUCAACAAGCAACAAUCAAAACCGAUGAGCCAAAAAUCGAAACUGCAGUAUUUGGCGCGCUAGUGACAAUGCCAGUCAAUUGUUACCGUUUAAAGGUAACCGGCCAGCGCACCACCGGCCGGACACGAAGACUUGCCCCAAGGUUUGAACGUUUGGACGGAAUUCAAUGGACAAAUUGGGUAAGAAACGAGCGAGUGGUUUUAUUGUAAAUAGCGUACAGAAAUACAUAAAUAGCUUUUUAAAGUUGAUCGGAAACAUCUUUAAUAGCAUUAGAAUAAGUAAAUAAUAUCAUAAGAAAAAGAAAAUAAAAAAAACUAAACACGUAUCUGACUCGCAUGACUAUCUCAACUGAAUCAGCUGGAUAUGUGUGCUAAAUAUACUAACUUUAGAUGCGAAGGAAAGUUUAUAAUCAAGAAGUUCAUGUAUGCAGAGUUUUAAUAAAUAGACA